GCCGAGACGAAGCUCGUCCAUGCAGCCGAGAGAGCGCGGCCGACGAUGACGAGGUCGUUCGAGAUGAGACGCUUCUGGACAUGGAGGCCAAGACGAUCCCGAAGCUUGUCCGCAUCCUGCAUCAGUGCGAAGGCUCGCUCCUCGUCGAAGCCGCGGUCGUGCGCCUCGGCAACCUUGCCGCCUUCACGCCACUGCAGCACCAGAUCGCGGCGCAUGGUGGCAUCGCGGCCCUCACCGAGCGGCUCGCCGACAUGGACUGUACGCGAACCUGCGCAACGGCGAUCUUCACUGCGCUCGCCAACCUCGUCGUCAAUGACACCAACCACCACGUGAUCGGAGAGCCGAGCAACCUCGACAUCUACCUCGGCUGGUACACGGACGACGACGCGGCCACGAAGCUCGCCUGCGCCCGCCUCCUCAAGAACCUCUCCAUGUGGGAAUUUUACGCGACCGAGCUCCUCAGUCGUGACACGCUUCCAUCAAUGGCCCGUGACCUCUUCCAGCGGCAGUGCCCGUCGCUCGACGACCUACUGCUGCAAUGCUGGCUCAACAUGCAGAGUGCGAGUAUGUCCAUUGCCCAACUGCAGACGAUGCUCGAUGCCAUCGAGGGACACACGCCCGCGACCGAGCGCGCCAAAGAAACGGUGCUUCGUCUGCUCUUGCAUAUGUCCAAGCGAGACGAAGCAUCCAGUGGCUUUGGCCAGCACAUUGUCGCGUGCUUGGCGUCGCUCGACUUUUUUACGCUCGACGAGGACGCAGCCCAUGCGCGCUAUGGCCACACCGAGCUGCGUCGGUGGUUUGCCGAGCAAACCGAGCACGAAAAGGCGUGGGACACUUAA